GUGGGUGAUAGUAGGUGGUAGAUCUCUAGUUAGCCAAGACACAUUGACAGGGCAUCUUGCCAGCAUGGCAGAGCAGCACGCGGCGCACCGUCCCUUCGAGACUUCUUGUUGUCACCUCGGAAUUAAAGCAUCGUAAAAGAACCGAGACUUCGCUACAAGACAAGCGUAACACCUCCUUACUGCCGUCCACUUAGCAUAGGCUACCCAAGUGCAACCGAUAAUCGCUGUGAUUUCGACUAUUCUUUUGGAUAAUCUUGGAAGUGAAGUGUUCUCCUUGGUGGUGCAGUCUGCUUUCACGUUUCCCUUUUAUUCACCUGAAGAUGUAACCGAAGGGGGCGAAAUGUGCUCAGUCGGAAUCGAAAAGAAAGGAGUUUCAGACAUGUCCGAGAAGAAGAUACGGAAUUUGUACAAGAACAGGAAGAAGAACUCGAGGGAUCUUUGAAGACUGUGCGACGAUGAUGUUGCGUACGGUAGUGUAGAUUAAGGGAGAAGAGUAGUGAGUUGACAGUGUUGAUUAAUUCGAUUCGAAGGAUUGAUAUUUCGAUGGACUGUACGUUGGUGGUACUCUUGGAUUGUUUGUCGGUGGACGAAGACAUCAGAGGAUUUUGGUCUUUCGUUAAGGGAAGUGAUAAAGUCACGGAAAUAAGGGUGAUUUACAGCCGCCGAGUACGAACAGCCGAAUCACGUGGAAGAUACGCAUGGUUUUCAGGCUAUGAAUGAAAAUAUCUGGCAGAUUUUCUGCAGAAGCCUUUAGAGGAAACCGGCAGGUCUUCCAAGCCAUAAAGGGCGACCGGAGGGGCUGGACCGCAUCUCUGACGAGAGGAGGAAAUCCGUCCGCGUAUUUUGCCGCGCAGCGGGGCGAGGGGGGUGUUUCUAAGGGAGGCUGCGGCCAGAAAUUUCGCAGAGAUGGAGUUCCUGCAGAAUCAUCACACGGUGAACACCGCCGAACCGCCGUACACCCUCGGCACAGGUUCGGUAGGAAGCAUCGAGGCCACUAUACCAUCCGGCCUCUGCACAGGACCUCUAGGGGUGUUGUCCAGCGAGGACACUUUAACGGACAAUCAGAACGAGGAGACUCUAGGGGCUCUGCAAGGCACCCUCCGUCUCCAGGACCUGCAAGGUUCCCCGGAAGACAUCGGCACCGAUCAGAGUCAGCAGAUCCAGAAUUCUGGACAGAACCAGGUCGUCAGCGAGUUCGGGGCAAGCUUCUGGGUCGACGAUAUGGCCGGCUUCCCGCUGCCGCCACUCGAUUUGGACCCUCUGCCUCCUAGCCUCUUCAGCCCCUGUUCAGGAACUUACAAUUGGAGUUGCCCCAGAGGAGAAUGCGCGCCAAGAACGAGCAACGCGAACGGCGAAGGUGUCGCGGAUGUCCUGCUAUCUCUAAAACAUGCGGUGGUUCAUCCCGGAAGUCCUACUGGUGGAUAUUACCCGACGGGAGGAUCGGGUCAUCAUUACUCGCAGGAUUACACGCAAAAUCUUGGUCCGCCCGUGCCGCCCACACAUUACGCGUCCACACCGGCCAUGUCGGUGAACGUUUCCAUGAAUAUGACGAUGAACAUGAACAUGCACUCCGGGUACGAGCAGAGCUAUUCGUCGGCGUGGGGCGUGGAACCCCUGCUAAGUCCCGCCCAGCAGUAUAAUCCCGUGGAGCAACAGACGAGGGUGAAUCAACCCCCGGCCAAUAGCCUGAUCGGCACCAGCACCCAUCCUCACUCGCAUCCCCCGGCGCACGGCCAUUCGAGGCUGCAGCUAUCGGGCGAGCAUGCGCUCUGCAUAGGUGCCUCCGGGAACCCAGUCGCGUCCGACGACAAUGGCAGGCCUAACCUGUGCAGAAUCUGCGGGAAAUCGUAUGCGCGGCCCAGCACCCUGAAGACGCAUCUCAGGACGCACUCCGGGGAGAAACCGUUUAGGUGUCACGCGUGUUCCAAAGCGUUCAGCCAAGCGGCGAACCUAACAGCCCACGCGAGAACACAUUCCGGGGAAAAACCGUUCCGUUGUCCCGUAUGCGAUCGAAGAUUCUCGCAGAGCAGUUCCGUGACUACACAUAUGAGAACGCAUUCGGGAGAGCGUCCGUACAGAUGUCGAUUCUGCAAGAAAGCUUUCUCGGACAGCUCGACGUUAACGAAGCACCUGCGCAUUCACUCCGGCGAAAAACCGUACCAGUGCAAGCUGUGCCUGUUGAGGUUCAGUCAGAGCGGCAAUUUGAACAGGCAUAUGCGAGUUCACGGUGGCUCCCUGACGUGACACAGCUCGCUGUCGAUCAUCGACGACAAUCGAAUAUUGCCACGGUGUUGUCGUAUACCUGUGAUUCAACUUGGCCCG